AUGAGCCACAUCUACGGCAGCCACCUCUCUCCUCUGGGCAGCCCCUCCAUGGUUUAUCUCCCGGCCGCCCUCGGCUUCGCCCCCGGGGGAGCGAUCUCCCGGCAGGACCCCCCGCAGAAGCCCCCCUACAGCUACAUCGCCCUCAUCGCCAUGGCCAUCAAAGAAGCCCCGGAGCAGAAGGUGACGCUCAGCGGCAUCUACCAGUUCAUCAUGGACCGCUUCCCCUUCUACCACGACAACAAGCAGGGCUGGCAGAACAGCAUCCGUCACAACCUCUCCCUCAACGACUGCUUCGUCAAGGUGCCGCGGGAGAAGGGGAGGCCCGGCAAGGGCAGCUACUGGACCCUAGACCCGCGGUGCCUGGACAUGUUCGAGAACGGCAACUACCGCCGGAGGAAGAGGAAGCCCAAAGCCCCAGGGCCCCCGGAGGCGAAGGGUGGAGAGCAGCCUGGGCCGCCCGCCCGCCCCGUCGAGCCCAAGCGGGCCAAGGGGAGCGCGGCGGCCGCGGGGGACGCGGGGGUCCCUCGGCCGGGCCGGGGGACAGCGGCUUCCCCCGGGGGUCCGCCCCCGGUCGCCCCCGCCGCCGCCCCGCCACACAAGAGCGGCCCGAGGAGCCGCAGCUUCAGCAUCGAGAGCAUCCUGGCGCAGGGGCUGCGGCAGCCGCCCCCCGGAGCAGCCCCCAAGGCGGCCCGGGAGGGCCCCGCCGGCUGCCUCGGCGGUUCCCUGGUCGCCAGCGGCGGCUUCGGCCCGACCCUCAACGCCUCCCUCAUGCUCGACUCCCAGGUGCACGGGAGGCUCUACCACAUCGGCAUCCCCUUCCUUUCCUGCUUCCCUCUCCACGUAUCCGAGGCGGUAUUUAAUUUCCAGUAG